AUGCUUUGUCCGUUCUUUAAAUCUCGCAGUGCUGAUGUACCAGAAUUUAAUGAAUUGCUAAACAAAGUGAAAGCCAUUAUUUCAUUUUUUCAUCACAGCACAACUGCAAGCCAUCAGCUGCAAAAGGAACAAUUAUCUUCAGGAGAAACUUCCCCUUUGAAACUGAAAAUCAGUGUACUCACCAGAUGGCCAGAUGGAACUCAGUAUAUGAUAAUUAGGCUGGAUCAAUUUUUGAAAAUUAAAAAUGCAGUUGCCAUUGUGCUACAGAAACAAAAAGAUGCUCCCGAUAUGUUUGUUAAAAGUGAGAUGGAAAUCUUGGAAGAAUCCUUCAAACUUUUGAAGCUAUAUUACUUGGCAACCAUUGAACUGAUGGGUGAGAAGUACACAACAGUUAAUAAAGAUAUUCCUGUUGUUGGCCUCAUUGCAAAAGCUCUGGAGGCAACAAACCCCAUCACAAAAAUUGGAAAAAAUCUAAAAAAGGCCUGUUUCAAUAAUAUCAACAAACAAUUUUGUGGCAUAGAAAAUAAUAUGUUAUACAGUGUUUCUACAUUGUUAGAUCCUGGAUUUAAGAAUUCAGAUUUCAAAAGCAAAAUAUGUGCUGCAAAUGCAAUUUCUUUCAUCAAUAACUAUCUAUUCCAGCAGAUUAAAUAUGAAGUAGAUUGUGUGGAAACCUUAAGAAAAACCAUUAAAAGCACAGAUGAGUAUAGUCUAUGGUCACAUAGGGAAAUCGGAAAUCCCAUAAAGUCUGAAGAAGGGUUUUGUACUACAUUUAAAACUUACUUAGAAGCUGUAACUAUACCUCACAAUGUUGAUUCUCUUGUUAUAUGGCAGCGUUACAACGUUUGCCCAUUUCAAUUAUCACCUUGCGAAACUGGCUGUUAUAUAUUUAGGUAUUCCAGCAACCUCAGUACCUGCAGAACGUCUUUUUUCAAAAGUUGA